AUGACUGCCGACAUCGCACAUACCGCCGAAGACCCUCGUCCAAUAGUGUUCUUUGACAUCGACAAUACGCUUUACAGCGCGUCCUCCAACAUCUCGCACGAGAUGGGCAAGCGCAUCCACGCCUACUUUCUCUCUCUGGGAAUGCCCGACGACGAGGCCACUGAACUCCACCACAAGUACUACAAACAGUAUGGUCUCGCUUUACGUGGCCUGGUCAGGCAUCACAACGUAGAUCCGCUCGACUUCGACAAGAGAUGCGAUCAAAGCCUUCCGCUGGAGGAAAUGAUCAAGCCUGAUCCUGCUCUUCGCCAGCUCUUCCUCGACAUUGACCGUACGAAGUACCGCGUGUGGGCGCUCACGAACGCCUACAAACCCCAUGCCGAACGCGUCUUGAAGAUCUUACAUUUAGAGGACCUCGUCGACGGCCUGAUCUACUGCCACUACGAUGACCCGUUCUUCUCCUGCAAGCCCGAGCGCGAAUAUUACGACGCCGCAAUGCGCGCCGCCCGCAUCUCCGACCCUUCCAAGAUAUACUUCAUCGACGACUCGCGUUCGAAUGUCAAAGCUGCACAGGCGCUGGGAUGGGGACAUGUAGUGCAUUUCAGUGAGAAGGGUAUGGAAGCGGUGGAGGGAGGGAAGAGGAAGGUCAUUGGAAGCGAUGAGGCCGGUGGGGAUAUUGAGGCUGUGAGUGAGUUGCAGCAGUUGAGGAGCGUGUGGAAGGAGAUAUUCAAAACGGAGACAUGA